UUCCUCUGUUCUCGGAAAAUAAAAACCACUUCUCUCAGGGGAGAGAGAGAGAGAGAGAGAGAGAGAGAGAUGGGUUGUGUUUCUUCUAAACUGGUCAAGAAGGAACUCAUAAGAGAGAUUCGAGUGAACCAUGGCGGCGAUCACAUCGUCUCCCUCACUUCAACAACUUACGGUCUGCUCAAACUCGACGACCCAGUUCCUCAGGUACAGGAACCGAUCAAAUAUGUCGGCUUGGAAUCCGACAAGCCCAAGAUAUCUUUGGCCAGUGAAGAGCCAGAGAUCAUCAACACUUGGGAGCUUAUGGAGGAUCUUGAAGAUUCGGUUCCAGUUUCACAUCCACAGAGGAUUAGCCCCAAAUCUCGCGGCUUUUUCGGCAAAUCAUGGAUGAGUCCGAUGAAAUCGACGGAAAAGAUGGAUUCUCCGAAGAGAAGUAAGAGAUUUGUCGGAAAAGAGAACAAAGGAACUGUCGGAAACGGUUUGAUCUCGAGGGGAGUUAGUCCGAAUCAGGUUUUAAAGCCGAGGAAUGCUCAAGAAACCCAGAAGAGAGGCGUUUUACGAUUGAGUUUCCCUGUGAAAUCGGAGGAACCAUCAAUGGCGACGACUCAGAGAAGGAAGAGUUUCAGUCCACUGUUCGACCCAGAUCUCGUCGCAUCCUACGAGAGGGAGUUAUGUCAGGAGCAAGAACAGAUCAAGCAAGUGAUUUCAACCGUACCCGAGAUUCUAAAACCGCAGAGAACGCGGGAAAUAGAGAGAAUCUUGAAGAACUUCCGGGAAAUCUGCCCACCGGGGGGACAAAACUCCGUGGUCAUAUACACCACAACACUCAGAGGGAUAAGGAAAACGUUUGAGGACUGCAACACUGUCCGAUCCAUCCUCGAGUCGCAUCAGAUUCAGUUGUCGGAACGAGACGUGUCGAUGCACUCGGGGUUCAAGGACGAGAUCAGGCGCAUAACGGGAACAAAACAGGUGAAAAUACCUGCAGUUUUCAUGAGGGGGAGGCUGAUAGGGGGGGUGGAGGAGGUGGUGAAGCUAGAGGAGGAGGGCAAAUUGGGAAUUUUGCUCGAGGGAUUGCCGGCGGCACGGCUAGGAGGAGGCGGCUGCCACGGCUGCGGAGGGAUGAGGUUUGUGAUGUGUGGGUUGUGCCAUGGAAGCUGUAAAGUGAUGGAUAAGGAGGAGGAUGAGAACAUGCCGAUGAAGAAGAAGAAGAAGAAGAUGGUUAAGUGCAUGGAGUGUAAUGAGAAUGGUUUGAUUGUAUGCCCAUUUUGCCCUUGAGAAUGUUCAAAAUUGCUGUCUCCCAAAUCUGGGGAAGUCAAAGGAGAGAAAUCUAGAUUAAAACAAAAGAAAAACAACUACAAGUUGUCUGAUUUUGGAAGACUGACAUUGAAUCUGCUUUGUUGUUGCCCUUAUGGAUGUUUUUUUUUUUUUUAAAUUUUAGUUCUCAAAUUGUAUAAUUGGUUGUUCAUUUCAAUCGGCUUUAUAAACAGAGCAAGUCCAAUACAUGUUGGCGAAAUA